AUGGCUUCCUACACCGUUGCUUUGAUGCUAGUUGCUACAUUGUUGGUGAGUUCCACCAUUGCUCAAUCUCCAUCAUCAUCUCCGACCAGAUCUCCAGUUGCCACUCCUCCUAAGUCUUCUCAGUCUCCGUCUCCAGCGGUUUCUCCUUCCGCUAACUCACCGGUGGCAUCUCCUCCCGCACCCGUGAAGAACGCCCCAUCUCCUUCCCCAACCACCGUCAGCUCUCCACCAUCUCCUUCUUCCCCUUCCCCUGCUACUCCCUCUGCCGCUCCUGCCGUUACUCCAUCAGCGAUCUCUAAUUCUCCAUCUGAAGCACAAUCACCUUCCGAUAAUGGUGCUGGUUUGAACAGAUUCACCAUCGCCGGAUCUGCUGCUGUUGUGAUUUUCGCUGCUGCUUUCAUGAUGUAG